AUGGACUCACCCCCUAGCUUGGAAGGCUCCAGGCCUGUUGACACCCUAGCAGAGAAAUCUGAAGCUGGCGGCACCCCCGGCGCGACAGCCAACGACUACAGCGGCUCGCCCAUCGACAAGAAAAGAAAAAUAGAGGAGGGAGAGGACAAAUCACAAGCUGCAGCAGACCGGACCGGCCCUAAACGCAAGCGAGUUCAAGAACGACACCAGAAGCUGCGAAACCCCGGCCGAACUGCGCCUUCCGCAUAUUCGCGACGCGACGCAGAUGAAAAUUCGCGCGCAGCACCUCGAAAUGAACACGCAAAUCGAUCGCCAUCACCCGCUCUACCUCCCCGUCGCUCACCUACGCCCGAAGCGCAGGCACGCCAGCGGAAACGGCCUGGUGGUGGUGCGCGUCGGGGCCUCAUGGACCCCGAAACCGUUCGCAGGAGACAAGAAGAACAGGAGCGUGCUCGGGAAGAUGAUGCCAUGCGUUACUCUCAGGGCCGAGGCGUGACAGACAUUGUUCGACAACAUUACAACGCUGUGCCCCAGCGCGGCAGAGAGUGGCGGAAAACUGAGAGCAAGAUCAAAGGCUUGCGUACCUUCAACAAUUGGGUCAAAAGCAGCAUUAUUCAGAAAUUCUCGCCCGACGAGGACUUUGCUGCUCGGGCUCUCGACAUCAAGGAUUGGGCCAAUGACGCAGCGCCGCCACCCGUGGAUGAGAAACGGCUGCUGGUGAUUGACUUGGGCUGUGGUAAAGGCGGAGAUUUGGGUAAAUGGCAGCUAGCGCCUCAGCCUAUUGAACUGUAUGUUGGCCUCGACCCUGCCGAUAUCUCUAUCUCGCAAGCGCGUGACCGUUACGGCUCCAUGAGGACUGGACGUGGACCCCGUAACCGUCGUGGACCCCUUUUCCAUGGGGAAUUUGCAACCAAAGAUUGCUUCGGCGAACCUUUGAGUGAUAUCCCAAUUGUGCAGCAAGUCGGGAUCGAAGAUAAUGUCGGACCUGGAGGUUCCCUGAUGAGCUCGCGAUGGGGCGGCGGUGGAUUCGAUGUCGUCGCAUCUAUGUUCGCGAUUCACUAUGCUUUUGAGAGCGAAGAAAAGACAAGGCAGAUGCUACGCAAUGUAGCUGGCUGUCUGAAGAAGGGUGGCCGUUUCCUCGGAGUGUGCCCGAAUUCGGAUGUCAUCAGUGCACAAGUCGCUAAAUAUCAUGAAAAGCGGAAGGAGAGCGAGGCGUCUAAGAAGAAGGAAGAUGCAGAGCCCGAAGAUGGAGAAGUUGAAGAUGACGAUAAGAGAGCAGAAUGGGGGAACUCCAUCUACCGAGUCCGCUUCCCUGGUGCUACUCCUGAAGAUGGAAUCUUCCGACCUCCUUUUGGGUGGAAGUACAGUUACUUCAUGGAAGAAGCCGUCGAAGAGAUCCCCGAGUAUGUUGUGCCUUGGGAAGCCUUUCGAGCAUUGACUGAGGACUACAAUCUCGAGCUUCAAUAUCGAAAGCCGUUCCUCGAGGUGUGGCGGGACGAAAAGGAUGACUCGGAGCUUGGACCGCUGAGUGAGCGGAUGGGAGUCCGUGAUAGGGCCACUGGCGAUUUGCUGAUGACAGAGGAGGAGAAGGAAGCAGCAAGCUUCUACCAUGCAUUCUGCUUCUACAAAGUCUAG